UGUGCACUCCCUCUUCUUCAUCAAUCACGACGAUGAAGAAGGACUGACCUUUGAGCAGAUAAUCGCCCGAAGAGGUUACAAGCUGAUGAGCCACCCAAUCACCACUGAGGACGGCUACUACCUGACACUGCACCGAAUAGUACCGCCCAACUUUGGCGAAAAAUCCUGGAAGGGCAAGUACCGCAAGCCGGUACUGCUGGGCCACUGUUUGAGCGGCUCCGCAGUAGACUUCUUCAUCAACUCGCCGCAUGAUGAUUCCCUCGACAUUUCUUCAUGCAGCAACAACCUGGGCAUCUGUCUAGUGAGCAAGGGCUACGACGUGUGGGCGAUGAACUUUCGAGGAAACGAGUACUCGCAGGGCAGCAGCGGGGCCAGCUCCAAUAACCCCCUCUACUGGGACUUCUCCAUGGACGAGUUUGCCGAGCAGGACCUUCCCGCGGCCAUCAGCUACAUCCAACGAAAAACUGGCAUCCGCAGCAUCGGCUACGUUGGCCAUGGUCACGGGGCGGGGGCGAUGUUCUCCCUGCUGGCGCAGAGGCGCAUCGGUCCGGAAACCAUUAAUCCGUUUGUGGCCAUGACUCCAAUGGUGUACUUCAGCGAGUCGACCAGCAUUCUGGUCCACUUGACGCCGCAGAUCGCCCAAGGUCUGGCGCUCGUUCCGCACAAAUUCCUUCUCAACAACAUGCUGACCAUUGCCGGACUGGGGGGCUGCAAAACGAAG